GCUCUUCCUGCAGCGCACUCAGUACACAUAUACCAAUAUGCCAGAGUCGAGCUUACUAGAAGCCAGAGAAUUCGCUGAGAUCGCGAGUCAUUCAAAUGAUGAACUACAAGCGUGCUGCUAGGGGCUGACAUCGUUCUUCGAUUCAUGCGAUAUAUAAAAAGCCCCUAUGUAACUAUGCAAUCCCGACUGCUAGACUUGGAGAUUAGAAGAUACUACAAGCUAUUAUGUGUUCAAGCUGCAAGGUGCACUUCAAGGGAGGGAACGUUGGUACCUGCGGGAAGUGGACCAAUAACACCAAAUAGAGACAAAUAACGCGUUCGCGCGGCUCUGACAUUUUCCUCAUGAGAGUCGGGAAGCUUCCGAUUACUAUAUGCUGGCAUAGGCCCUGACUGGACAUAUCGCAACCGAAUCCUUCGGCAAUUUCAUGAGAGCAGCAAUAGGUACACAAUGAGAUUGGCACUGACGGUCUUCCUGGCAGUGUUCCUUUCGCCCGUGGGUUCCCUAGCUACCAUGUCUUGGUUUAAAACGAUUCCGAAUUCCGAUGGUUCCGACGUUACGUCUCGCCGCCCGAGCCGACCGGAUGAGGAGGAAAUUAUGAGCAUUCUCCACAUCUCAGAACAGUUUCGGUCUUAUCAACGCAGACCAGAUUGCUUUCGACGCGUGGCUGCGUCGAUUCGUGCGCAAUGUAGCGAACUAGAAACAAGCGAAGAUGAAAGAAUUCAAGCCGCCAUUUCCUUGACAUUGUGCGAGCUUGCAACAGCCCAGCAUUCUCCUCCGAUGGAGUGUGCACUGUUCUCACCGAGGGAGGAGGCGCCAUCCUUCGCUAUUCGUGAAACGGAGCAGAGUAGAUGCGUUGAAGCUCUCUCGAGAAGCGCACAAUAUUGGUCAAGUUAUUCAGGAUAUCUACGCGAAGUCCCUCAACUGUGUUUCGCGUUUCGUCGAUGGAAUGACAUAGACACGGCCAAAGAAAUCUAUCACAAUUCCACGUUAGAUCAUAUUCGUUUCCUGUACCAACUAAAAACAUACGAAGAGAAAAGAGAGAAGAGCGAGGAUGAGACUCAUGUUAUCUUGCAGGAGAUCCAACAAGUACUCUCGGGGUUCGGUGCGGCUUCAGCUGCACUGAGGCGUCACUCCGAGGGGUCUGCCGAGGCUUUCAAGAUGCAGGUAGAAAUGGCCAACUCGUUGGAGCACGUCCUGCUGAACUUUCAACGGCGGGGUGAGGACUCCCACCAACGCUGGCUAGCUGAAUUGAGUUCCGCAUCGAGCGUCCUCGUUGACAAACACGUUGCAUCCUUCGCUGCCUUGGUCCCAUCGCUUCAGGACGAACUGUUGACACAAGUCAAUGCCUUGUUCGAGAACACGCAUGAACAGCAUCUGAUGGUGCUGGAAGUAGCUCACGAAGUUCGCCGAUCGCUGUCAUUUUUAGGUGAUAAUAUUGGUGUCGUCCACCAGUCCGUAGAGCGGCUUUCCGCUAGGACGCUUGAGGUCGCAUCUCACCUGGAGUCGCAUGCUCGCGAGGCUCAAAACGUUUACCGUAUCCAACGGGAUGCCAUGCAAACUGCGGAACACCUCGCCGGCGCCCUUCUUGAGCUUUCUCAUCAGACCCGAGAGGAGAUGAGUACUAUCAACGGGACUGCUUCCGCCGUCGUCGAUGGUCUGUGGGCUCAGAGUCAAUCUCGUGGCAACUCGCUGAGUAUCAAUGGUUGGACCAAAGCCGCCCUCUUCUGGAUGCUCGAAAUAGUGCUGCGAGUGGAUUCCAAGUACUUUGACUCUCUAGUGCAAUUGCCUGUGUUUCGUUUCGUUGGCAUCAUCUGGCAUAUCGUGUGGUACUUGUUACAGAUGAGCUUUUCAUCGGCCAUGAGCAUGGCGGUCCUCUUCUUCUCUACAAGACUCUGGCUGUCUGGCUCAUCCGAGUCCGGCCAUGUCUCCGUUUCGCAGGGCCUGGGCAAAGGAAAGUGCGCAAAUCCAGUGUCACCGAACGACCUCAAAUUAACUAGCGUUGCCCUAUGCCCUGACUCCCACAAUGCUUUUGUCGCCUUUCCUGGCUCUCGAUGCCACCCUCGUUCACGUACAUCGCGAAUUCCAGAUAGGCUACUCAGUGCUUCAAUCGAUUCCUUUCGCCUUUGAUGUCUCAACUCAGGCUUUUCGCCUUGGCUUCUUUCUUCUACUAUUGCACAAUUCGGACAGAACGUCGCUCAACUCACUUUUCGCUUUCAGUCGUCAUUCAAAUGGAUUCUAAUCCCAACCGUAGCAUUACUCGAUAUUUCCCUGUGGUCGCCGCUGUGUUUCAAAUGAUGUAGCCUAGCAAUCUUUAUAAGACAUGCACUCCUUGAUAUUGUCUUUACGGUUG